GUCUCUUCUCCAGGUGAUCUUUCCUGAACAGAGAGAUGAAAUCAGCAGAGAAACUCAUCAUCAUUGUUUGUUUUCUGUUUCAAGGUGUUUUGUGUAGAGAAUUCUCCAUCAGUCUACCACAGAGUGUAGAAGCUCUGAGAGGACUCUGUGCUCUCAUACCCUGCAGUUUUGAGAUUAAAGAAGAAUAUGAUGCAGACCUCAAGACAGAUCUUACAGGAAUCUGGACCAAAGACGGCGAUGACCAUAAGAAAAACCAAGUCUUUAACUCUAAAGUAACUAAAGAGAACAAGAUUGAAGGGGAAAUUAUAGGAGACCUCCACAUGAAGAACUGCACCACCAUCUUCUACAACAUCAGACAGAAUUACACUGGAAGAUAUUACUUUAGAUUAGAAACUUCAGGAAGACUGAAAGAGACGUUUACUUCAUCAGUAGAUAUAAGAGUGCGAGACUCUCCAAUCAGCCCCUCAAUAACACUGUAUAAGGAGGAUCAGGGGAAGGUGGAGGACCAAAAUGAGGUGGUGGAGGGAACUUCAGUGAGUCUCAUUUGCUCUGCUCCAGCUCCAUGUCCCUCUAACCUCCUCACUUUUACAUGGAACUUCCUGCCUGAGGAGAGGAGACAGGAGCAGAACCACAACACCAGCUUCAGUUCCUCUCAGCUGAACUUCAGCGCCACUCACCUGCAUCAUGGAGUCAAUUUCACCUGCACUGCCACCUACCAGCUCCAGAACAAGACCAAAUCAGAACAGAGCUCUUUUAGACUACAUGUUCUGUAUGCUCCUAGAAGCACGUCAGUAUCAGCGUCUCCAUCUGCUUCAGUGCUUUUGGGCAGUUCAGUGUCUCUGAGUUGCAGCAGUGAUGCAAACCCAGCAGUGCUGAACUACACCUGGUACAGAGAGAACGGAGAGCAGAUAGGAACCGGAAAACAUCUCACCAUCAACACGACUGAUUCUACACAGAGUGGUUUAUACUACUGUAGAGCUCAAAACCAGCUCGGAGAUCAGAACUCAUCUGUGUACCUGGAUGUUCAGUAUGCUCCUAGAAACACGUCAGUAUCAGCGUCUCCAUCUGCUUCAGUGCUUUUGGGCAGUUCAGUGUCUCUGAGUUGCAGCAGUGAUGCAAACCCAGCAGUGCUGAACUACACCUGGUACAGAGAGAACGGAGAGCAGAUAGGAACCGGAAAACAUCUCACCAUCAGCAAGACUGAUUCUACACAGAGUGGUUUAUACUACUGUAGAGCUCAAAACCAGCUCGGAGAUCACAACUCAUCUGUGUACCUGGAUGUUCAGUAUGCUCCUCAGGUCUCUCCCUCCUCCAGCUGUAACACCACUCAGGAUCUGAUCCUGUGUUCCUGUGAGGUUCAUGGAAAUCCGUCUCCUAAACUGGAGUGGCGUCUCUCAGGUCAAACUGUCCUGCCGUCAGAAGCCACGCCCAUCCAAGUGGAGUCUGUGGGCAGCACAAGUUUAAGAAGAUCCAUUUUGUUUUCCAUCCCUCAGUCAGUUAAGGACACGCCCACUCUGCAGUGUGUUGGCUCCAAUAAUCUGGGCCACGCCUCUCAGGUCUUCUUUAUAACUAAGGCUCAGAGGCCUGCUGAAGAACACAGACACACUGCAGUACUUUAUCUGGUUCUAUCUCUCUCUGUGGUUCUCCUUCUGUGUGUUGGUGUUAUUGGAUUUUUCAUCUACAAAUUAAAGCAAUUGUCCAGGAAAAUAAAGGUACUUCAAACACUAUCAUUAUUAUUAUAA